AAUCGAAAGCCCUGAGCUCUAUUCUCCGGAAGUUUCAGUUUUUGUUUUCGCUCCUUCCAAUCUCCAGCGUCUCCUUCUUGGCCCUUCCAAGAUGAGUACUAUGAAGUUUUGCCGCGAAUGCAACAGCAUUCUGUAUCCUAAGGAGGAGAAGGAGCAGAAGAUUCUCCUCUACGCUUGCCGUAACUGUGACCACCAGGCUGCAGAUAAUAAAUGUGUCUAUAGAAAUGAGAUACAUCAUUCUGUUGGGGAGCGCACUCAAGUGCUGCAGGAUAUAGCUGCAGACCCUACUCUUCCACGUACAAAGUCUGUUCGUUGUACUCAAUGCAACCAUGGAGAAGCUGUUUUUUUCCAGGCGACGGCCAGAGGGGAAGAACGUAUGACACUGUUUUUUGUUUGCUGCAGCCCAAACUGUGGCCACCGGUGA